GUUUGAAUUGCCACAAGAAUAGUCCACGCCUUCUUUAGCGCCGAACCAACAUGGCCGCGACUACGGCGGCUACGUCCAUGGAUCACCUGCAAGAUCUUAUCUCCCACAUCCAUCAUGCUUCGAUUGGGUUCCUCGGCAAUGACCCUCCUUCCGCUGUACCGUCGUCGCCCGUGCUCGCCAAGGCGCACCUUCAAGCGUUGAAGCCGAUCCUGCCACCCCACCUCUUCCACCCGAUGCACUCAAUGUGGCGCCGCGGCCGACCUGUUUACUGGCUCGACGUUGCCGGCGCUGUCGGUCGUCUCGACUGGGUGGACUGGUUGCAUCGACGUGGCGACACUUGCUCCACACUUGCAUUGGACUUGGCAUCAGGCAGUGGAUCGAUUGCUUGCGUCCAUUUUCUGCAUAAGGUUGGAAACGGGGGAGCAACAACACUAGCGAUGAACUUAGCCGCCCGGUUCGGCCAUCUAGCCAUCCUGCGCUUCCUCCAUACUCGGCGAUCGGAAGGCUGUACGAGCGAUGCGCUCUACUUUGCCGCCAAAUAUGGACACGAAGAAGUGGUGCAGUUCUUGGCCACGUAUUGCCUACCACAGUGCAUGCCAUCGCGAGCAUUGGACGCAGCGGCGCGGCACGGCCAUUACGGAAUCGUUCAGAUCAUCCAUGCUGCUUCCUCCCACCUUCCAUCGAUCGCGACCACGGACGCCAUGGACAUGGCCGCGGCGGCAGGGCACCUGUAUAUAGUAUGCUUUCUCCACGAACAUCGACAUGAAGGAUGUACGGAGGCAGCGCUGAUGACGGCAGCAGCCAGAGGACACCUCACCGUGGUCCAUUUUCUCUGCGAGAAUCGGGACGAAGGAUGCAUCGCAGCGGCACUGGAAGUCGCUCUAGAGCAUCAGCGAUGGGACAUAAGCGCGUACUUGUCGUCUCUCUUGGACCGCCGCGUGACCCUGUGCUCCCGGAUCGGGUGUCAUUUGCUGUGCGAGAAGCAGUGGAGCCGAGGUUUUGCGGUGGAUUUGAAAUCCUCUUGUAUUUGAUAGGCUGUAUCAUAUUAUAUUAUUAAUUAUGCCAA